CUAACCUCAAAAACAAUUUCCAAAAACAUGGAUUUGCUAGAAACCGUUUUGCGUUCGGCUGACGCGGAAUCCUACCUAGAUCUACUUAUGAAUAACAACAUCGAUAUAUCAACACUACCUUUACUUUCCGAGGAGGAGUUAAAAAUUAUAGGCAUCGACGAUGAAGCGGCUCGAACGCGUAUUCUCGAGAAGACAACACGACUGACAAUAGCGCAUGAAAAAGUGACCAUUCCUACAUUAACAAAGGACGACAUCGAAAUCAUGCUCAAUCAGAUAACCAACCAGCUGUACCUGCACUCCUUAUCGCUGCUCUGCGCACUCAAACGUCCCGACGUCGUCGUGUGCGAUGUCCAACUAAAUAAACCGACGAAAUGCCUGCUGAACUGUCUGUCGUCCUUUGAGGGCAAACUGAAGACGUUCGAGUCGAAGAUGGCACCGAAGAGGGGGACGAAUAGGACUGUCUUAGUAUUAAGCGCGACCGCUGUAUUUUUGUUAAUUGGCAAAGUUUUGCAUAAUCAUUUCAAAUAAAUCCCUGCUUUUUUC